CUUUCUCAGUUCUAACAUGCACACAUUAAGGCUCCCUCCCUGCCUCUCUCUCCCUCUGUAUAAUAUAUAUAUACACAUAUAUAUACAAUCUCGCCUCCAUAAUAUAUAAGAUACAAUUGGCAAUUAUGCCACAAUUCCCAAUUCAUACAUAUCUAUCUAGAACACACACACAGAUAUAUAUAACCCACACCUCCAUUACCCUCUCUCUCUCUCUCUCUCUUUCUCUCCGAGACCAACACAAUGACAGGCAAAACGAAGAAGAAGACAAUCCUCAAGACGGUGUCGGUUGUGGACAUCGGAUGCAACAACUGCAAGAAACCAAACCUCUCCUCCAUCUUCAACCCUUUCCCCAGAAAGCCCUCACUCCGUCCACGUAAUUACACCCACUGCCACUCCUCCUCCACCACCACCACCACCACCACCACUAACCAAUGGUUUUCCGACACGUCAUCGUCCUCCCCAUUCUACAAGAACAAGUCAACCCCCUCAACGCCCUCCGCCACGUCGGCGCUCGCCGUCGAGAAAGAUUCCGAUGACCCUUACCUCGAUUUCCGGCAAUCCAUGCUUCAUAUGAUCCUCGAGAACGAGAUUUACUCCAAAGACGAUCUCAGAGAGCUUCUCCACUGCUUCCUGAGGCUAAACGCACCGUUUCACCACGCCGUCAUUGUUCGCGCGUUCUCCGAAAUCUGCGACAGCGUUUUCUCCCGACGCAGCGUUGGAGGAGGAGGUGCGGGGGCACGUGCCUCACGUGACCGCUAUUACUACUAGCGUCUAAUUGCUGAUGUACGGUUCGUUAGGGGGUACGUAUUAAUGUUUGUUAACGUUAAAGUAGCGUAAUGCCACGUCACCAAUAAUAUAUUGACACAUUAGCUAUUGUCUGACGUGUCAAUAUAUUAUUGGGAGUUCGUUCUACGUUUUAACCUAUGUUUGCCUUGGGAUUUUAA